ACGGCGUGCCGCACAUGUUUAAUCGAUACUUCGAUCGAUCUAGAAGUUUCUUGGGAAAUAAUACUGGUUUCAGGUCGGCUGGUUUUUCUUUAUGAGAUUCUGGGCCAACGAGUCUAGUAGAACAUAUUUAUGUUGCUCUCACGUAGAGAAUUGGGUUACUGUUCAGUUGGCAGAAAUGAUCGGGUCAAAAUGGAAAUGGAGCUUGGGAUUUCUUUUGGGAAUUUUGUAUCUAACUUUGAUGGUCGAUACGCAGCGACAGGGGAGAAUUGUACAAAGACGUAAACGAACGAUGCAUCGUCUAAGCCGGGAUAACCUCAAACCAAAAAUUUGUUUUGAAUUCGUGGGUUGUUUCGUUGAUUCGCCGCAACAUUUAUCACUAAAACGUCCACCCGAACACCCCAAUGUAAUAAAUACGAGAUUCUUGUUGUAUACUAGAACUGGGAAAGAAAUGCCGGAAGUGAUUGAAUACGGAGAUAGUUUCCGUUCAAUUAUCGGAUCAAAAUUUGAUUUUGAGAAACAGCUGAAAGUCAUUGUACAUGGUUACAAGGGCAGCGGAAAUGACGAAGGAGCAAUUUUUGGUGCAAGAUCAUUCCUAGCUUUGGAAGAUGCUAAUGUGAUAAUAUUGGAUUGGACCAGAGGUGCAGGUACGACUUACCAAGCGGCUGUAGCAAAUACUGAGCUAGUUGGUCGUCAAUUGGCAUUGAUAUUACUGGAUGUUAUCAAAUUGGGUGUAAAUCCUGUAAAUAUUCAUAUAAUCGGAUUUAGUCUUGGAGCUCAUGUAGCCGGCUGUGCCUCAGAAGUUUUGAAAAAGAGGAAUUUACUUCUGGGACGUAUUACUGGAUUGGAUCCAGCAUCGCCAUUUUUUAAAAAUCACCUCGUGCGAGAUCGUUCUAGAAAAUUGGACGUGUCAGAUGCUCGUCUUGUGGAUGUCAUUCAUACGGACGGGUCAGAAGUUUUUACCGAUGGUUUUGGCUUGCUCAAACCCAUUGGGCAUAUUGAUUUCUUUCCAAACGGCGGAAUCGAGCAGCCCGGUUGUAUAGAUGUGAAGAAUUCAGUUGUAGUCAGUCAUUUUAACGAGGAGUCUUUGAAUAGGAAGAUUGCCUGUAGCCAUAUAAGAGCUUGGAAAUAUUUCGUGGAGAGUAUGCACACCCAAUUUCAAAAUUGCAAAUUUACAUCGUGGACGUGUAAGCGUGGGGCUAGUUCUUUUAAAAAAGGUCUCUGCUUUCCUAGAGCAGUGACAAAUGGACCACAGGAAAUGGGAUACGCUGCUGAUCGUGGACCAAGUGGUGUUUUUUACUUAGUCACAAGACCCGAAGAACCAUUUUGCGGAGAUCCACUUAGAGCGGUUGUAACGACUUCUGAAGUCGCUACAAAGACUCUUGGAAUAUUGUACAUCAAUAUUGAGCAUCAAAACAGUACUACAAAUUUUAAGAUUUCUUGCGAUUUGUCCAAUCCAACAAAAGAAAGGACAACAUUCUACGGUAUAGCAGCUACUAAAUUUCAAAGUUUACCUGAAAAUGUAAAAGUAAUUCGAGGUGCAAUAUCGUAUCGUGCUGCUAUUGAAAGUACGGAGGAAAAUACAACGUUCGAACCUAAGUCUAUUAUUUUACCCAUUAAUAAAAUAGCUAUCGAGGAUAGAAAAGGGAAUAGGUGGGAAUAUUGCAAGAAAGAAACUGUAAUGCUGGUUGACUGGGAAGAUUCCCAUUUUGAAUUAUACAAUAAACCAUGCACGAAUUGAUUACAUGUCCCAGGGUAAAGGAUUAUAAAUAAUUAUUGUAUUUUAACUAUACAUCCGUACGAGAGCUGUUUAGUAUGUACGUUCAUGAAGGAUUUAAUGGGUCUCUGCAAAAUAAAGAAUUUCAAAAUCA